AUGCGUGCGCUUGCGCGUGCACGCCAGGCGGCCCGCCUGCCCUCGUCGGUGUCCUGCGGGAUGCCGAUCGGCUGAAGUGACCGAGUGACACGACGCCAGCAGCAAGCCCCACUGGAAUACGCCCUGCUGUGUCUGUGUGUGCGUGUGUGUGUUCAGUGACAAGUGCAGUGAAGUGAGGCCCCGUUCCGGCCGUUCCCCGCCAGGAUGGCGGUGCGCAUGGAGAACGCUGCCGCCCAACAGAGGAAGAUGAACUACAAAAUGGUGGGCGCGCCGCAACGACCCGGGUACGGCAACGCCAAUGGGCUGGCCCCCGUGAACAAGGGCCACGGGCAGGGCCACGGCCAGGGCCACGGACCCCGGGGCCCGCCCAACAACCUCAGCUCACCGGGACCCGGCGGACACCACCAGAACCAGUACGGCUCCGGACGGGUGCCCUCGGCCACUUCGCCGGCCAACACGCACAGCUCGUCCAGCUCCAACACGGGGUCGCACAGCGGGACGCUCAGCACCAGCCUCAGCAACCACCUCGGCAGCAGCAUGGGAGGUGACCAGCUCAGCAAGACCAACCUCUACAUCCGUGGCCUCAACCAGAACACGUCGGACAAGGACCUAGUAGCUAUGUGCCAGCCAUAUGGGAACAUCAUCUCAACAAAGGCCAUUCUCGACAAAAAUACUAAUAAAUGUAAAGGGUAUGGGUUUGUGGACUUUGAAUCAAGCCAAUGUGCUGAAGCCGCUGUGAAGGCUCUGCAAGCCAAAGGAAUCCAGGCGCAGAUGGCUAAAGUGGGUAUCACGUUGCCGCGUAGACCAGCCAGUGUACGUUCUGUGCAUCAACAGGAACAAGAUCCCACAAAUCUCUACAUCGCAAAUCUGCCCUUGGGCUACAAAGAAAAUGAUGUGGAAACCCUCCUAUCCAAGUAUGGACAGGUCAUCUCAACUAGAAUCUUGAGGGACCCCUCAGGACAAAGCAAGGGUGUAGGGUUUGCAAGGAUGGAUUCGAAAGAAAAAUGUGAAGAAAUCAUUAAUAUAUUCAAUGGGCAGAAUUUGCAAGGAGCAAAAGAUGCAUUGCUAGUUAAAUUUGCUGAUGGUGGGAACAAAAAAAGGAGUAUGUACAGACCGAACCAACCCAUGUGGCGAGAUGGCAGUGAAGGACCUGAGCAUGGAGGAGCAAUUAGUUAUGAAGCUAGUGGCAUGGCUCAAAAUGGUCUUGCAGGUCAAGCUAUACUUCCCACUACGUUUACCCAUAGCUAUGCUAGGCAAUUUGGACCAGUCCAGGGCUACUCAAUUCCAGCUGCACCUUGGAUGACGUCAGUACAUGGUGGACCUCAAUAUGUUAUGCAGCCGUCCCCUAUGACCCAAGUUGAGAUGAUGCCAUCCGACCCAAACUCUGUGCCGUACAGCUCUAUGAUUCCUCCACUAGCCACACAGAUGCAGACGAUGCACAUUGGCACUGCUCCCUCGUAUGUUAGUCCAUACCCCUACUACCCACAUUCGAUCAUCCACACUGUGAUCCCGGAUUCGGAGCACACAUCGAACACUGCUUCGCCGGAUGAUUCAUACCAGACGUAUCAGCAGGCGCCUAAGUGAUUGUAACCCUUAAUGUUAGCCAAAAUUUGAUUAUUCUCAAGCAACAGUGUAUGAACGGGAAACUAGGCAUCAAAAUGGAUGGGAAAAGAAGCACUUGAAAUUCAUCAGGCUACAACCGCUAUGAUCUUUUUAUACUGCAGUUGAAAAUUCCUUAAAAUAGGUGAUAUUCUAGCUGCUGCUCCUUAGAAGAAGCUGCAGACAUGUGCAGUCAGGUUUAUUAAGCAUCUUUUGUGGCACAGCAUGCUAAGAACUUGAAUGGAAUAUGGAACAUCGUGUCUCUCAACAUCUUGCUGCUCUCUAGCACAUUUGCGCAUAUGCACAACCCAGCCGUGUGUUUCAUUCAGUCUUUUUAUCUUCUUUGGGCUUAAAUGUGAAUGUUAUUUGUUCUUUAAAUGAGAUUCUUUUGUACCAGUGUUUCUUUUAUGUUUGGUUUUUUAUUCAGAUUGAUUUUACAUCUCUCAUUGUGGGGUGAAACAAUGUGCUCGGGCCACACAUUUUAUUGUAAUGAAUUUUAGUUCAUCAGAUUUUGUAUCUUGGUGGUCAUUGCUCGCCAUAAUAGUGCUACAUUUGGGCAAAUUUGAGUCACUGCCUUCAUCAAAAGAUUGAUUUCCUUCAAAAAGGAAAACCUGUUAAAGAAUUCCCUUAAGUAUGGUAAGCAUUAUUGUCUGGGCUAUCAAAAUGUCAUGUUAGCUACCAAAUUUCUUCUUGUUCCAUGUUUUUUUUUUCUUUCUUUUUGCUGUGAUUGUGCUAUGCAGAGAAGAAUUUACCAACCUAAUCAUUGUUCACUUGGACUGGUUCAUUUGGCUCUUUGGAUGCAGUAUGUUUUAUUUCUGUUUUUAUAAUUUGUUUUUACUAGCUCUCAGAAUGAAGUUACUAAGCAUAUUUUAACUGAACAUCAGGAUUUUUUAUGUAGUCAGUUUUAAUCAGUACUGUACUAUGAAAUUUCCCCCUCAUCUAAUUCAGUACCACUAAGACAUCUCUACUGUUUACUCAAGAAAUGCUACAUGUUCAUGCCCCCUUGUGAGCAAAUAUCAUCAUCAGGAAGUAAAUAACUCACAGGACAGCUAGCAAAAGUUCAAUUGUUUAUUGUGGCAACAUAAGAAUUUAGAAAUCUUCUUCAUGAGAAGCCCCUCUACCGUUACUUUUCAUCUUGUGUCGUACGGGAGUAAGGAAAGCAGUGUUAGAUGAAACGGGACCGUAAGUGUUGCUAUGUUGUUUCGGCAUACGCUAUGGGCUAACUUGGCAGACUCACAAUGCUGUCUUGUUAUGUCUUAAACUGCUUGUAGCUCUAUUCUAAUAUUGAGAGAUUUGUUUCAUUGCAAAAGAGACAAGAGCACAUGGGCCUGAGUCUGGUUUGAUUGACAUUUUUAAAUUUUUUAUCUUAUUAUCUAAAGGGAUUUUGAGGCUUUUCUUUUACAUUCCACAUUAGUUCUCUCUGGAUACAAGCAUAGGAAAGUUGUGUUGUCAAAAGUAAACUGAAAAGGUUGAUAUUUAUUUUUUAUAUCUAAAGAACAGAAGCAAAGACUUCAUAAUAAAUGUAGCGAUUCUUCUUUGACUUUGGAAAUAUUAGUGUCCUGUUUGACAAUUGUUAGUAGUGAAAUUGAGUUUUAUAAAUAGUGCCUUUUUUUACCAAUGACCAUCUUCAACAGAUACUGAUGGUUACUGGCGGUGGUACUGGUGAUGUCGGACCCGCCUCAGUUACAGUCCUAGUUGUGUUUAAAAAAACAAACAGAUGUCAAAUAGUGAGGCGGAAUUUCUCUACUCUGAUUAUCAUCAAAAUAUUCUCCACAUUUCUACUUUUCUUAAUAGACUGAUUUUAUCAAACCAAAUUUACUUUGCUCAGUUUUUUUAUAUAAUUUUUCUUUUUGUUUUGUAUGUGUUUUAUUUUCCAAUAACAUUUACCUACUCUUUGUUAUUUGGUGAUUUGUGAUAGUCGACUGUUUUUGUCAAGGAACAGGCCAAGAAUAAUUGUCGGCACCGUUAGGAAUCUUUAGCAUGAAACGAGUGAGCUACUGUCAGCCCACCUAGAGUAGAGCUAACAUGUAAGCUUUUUAAUAUUCCAAAUGUGAGAAAUAUUUUACACUGUUAAAAUCUCAAGAUAUUUAGUUUAUUUUGAUACGCCUCACUUUGAUGUCAAAGUGGUAAAAUAAGAUAUUUUUUAGAAUGAACUAUUAUCCCAAAACUAUGACUUGAUAUUCCAAAGGAAAUGAAAUAGCGCGUUGUUUUCAAGUGUCAUUCACUGGAGGUUAUUUUUUCAACUUGAUGAUUUUAGAUGUUCAACAAGGCUGGAGAAUAGACAAAAAUUCUUAACAAAACCAGUGCUGCACAUGAGAACAAUAGCACCUGGUGCUCUAAUCCCAAAUGUCUUAAAUUUGGGCUAACACAGUGGCCCAAUUGUCCCAUUGUAGCAGAUAAUGUGUGGAACCCCCAGGGUCACUUGCUGUGCAUUUGUAUGGUUAAGCUGUAACCAUUCAAUAUGCAUUCAAAUGUACCGCUGCUGGUAUUGCAUAGUCUUCUCUUAUUGACGUAAGCAGUAGCAUUGCUGUCCCUUGCAUGGGUUUUAAGAAAAGAAAAUGUUUUAUUGUACAUUCUUCCUAGGUGUAAGUCUUUACCUCGUUUCCCCUUCCUAUGAAGUAUGUUUUCCCAUUCCCCACUCCUGCCUGGAGCGUGUUUUAGAUCUUUUAAUGUAGUAAAUCUUGAAGCAUGAAAAACGCUAAAAAAAAAAAUCUUUCUAGGAAUCUUCGAUUGUAGGAUAAAAUAAAUCAAAGAUGAUAAAAUGUUGUUUCUUUAAGUAGUGGUUAGUCAUUUAUUGUAGGUGAAUCAUCGUAAGUUAAGAAUGUAGUUUAUAGAUUUUAGGAUAUAAGUCAUUUCUUGUGGUGACUCAUUGUGAGUAAGGAUGCAACGUUAAGUUCUGUAGGGUGAAGUAUUAUGGCGCUGGAUAUCUUUAAACUGUGGAUUUCCCAUCAGGAGCAGAAGGACAUUUGGUCACUUCAGCUCCUCCCAGCCUGAGUUGAACCUCUAGUCGUGCUGCAGAUGAUAUCUGUCUAAGGAAGCAAGCCGUGCCUUGCCGUUUCCUCUAGAACACUGAACUAUCUAUGCUCUCCGCUUUGCAGAUUUCUUCUGCAGUACAUGUCCAUUAGUAUGAUUUUAUUUGUUUGAAUGUUUCAUGUUUUGGUGUUGUGCUAGAUCAAACUUUGAACAGAGCUGUUAAAUACUUUAUUUUGUUACACCACCGUUUUCUCUGCAAAACGAAAUGGGUUUUACAUGUUGUCAUAUUAUAAAAGAGGUUUUACUUAUAGCACUAAGAGUUUAACAGUUCUUUUUUAAGAAAACCAACAACAAAUAAUAGUUUGAAAUUGUGUUUCAAAUGAAGGGCAGUUACCAGAUGUCCUGUUAAAGUUGAAUGGACCCUGAGAUUUUAGAGAAGGAAAACCAUAGGGUUUGAUUCAGAAUGACUUUUCUUUUAGAGAAUUAGUUAGUUUAUGUAGAAAAGUAGGGAGAAAGCUUCUUCUUGUUCAUUUUGUUUUUAAUCAAGAACAAAUUAAGUGAAAUGCCUGAUUUCCUCUUCUUGAUGGAGGAAGUUCCUUGUAAAUAUUGUAAUGAACAGUUAUGAGUAUAGGAUUGAACAAGUGAUUGAAGAAUGUCAUGUAAAAUUGGUGCAUUCCAGUCUUCCCAAUGUUAGAAAAUGUUUGGUCUGCUUGAAAUUUCAUUCAGGUGUUUUGUGAGGAAACGGUAAUUUGAUUGAGUACCAUUUUCAGUACUGUGACAAAGAUUAGAUAUUAGUGAGUGACUGAUUUUCAGUAUGAUGUCAUUGUGUGAAGCUUGAGCCAUAAUAUUUCAAUCUUUGCUAAGACUAUGGACAACAAUGGUGGGCGUGUGUGCAAAAGUUAGGAGGACAUUUUUGUUAAGAAUGAAAAUAAUGUAAUUUAAGUUGUAUGAUGAGCUGUGCGCAAGUGUGACUGAACAAAUGUUGCUGCUAAAUAUGUGCUCAGAGUUUCUUGUUGUUUUUUUUUCAACUGCUCUUUUCUUCCUCAAGAUAUAUACAUCUUUUUAUUAUUGCCAAAAAUUCUUUUUAUCAUUAACAGUACCAGUUAGGCUGGUAUGCAACUAUGAUGUUUAUUUAUUGAAGAUUUGAGUUUCUUAUUUUGUACAGCUGGUUAUACUGUUAUGCUGGAAGUACAUAGAAGAGUAAGACAUUGUGGACACACUGUAGUUUUGGUGGCAAGAGGAAGAAGAUGACUGAGAGCUUUUAUAAAGUUUUUUUAAUCACUGUUAUAUAAAUGUAGACAAAUACAGUGGAACUUCUUUCCUCUCCACAAAUCAAAAGUUUUGCCAUAAAGUUAAUUUAUCAUUAAAUGAGUAAGUGUAACAUAGUUACUAAGUUAUGGACUUCCAGACCCUUUACAUCCAAAGAAUACCCAGCUAAUAUUUGUUAAUGAUUUAUCAAGUUUUCAUUCUUCCUUCCUUUUCUGUCAGUAGAAUUUAGUUAGUAUGUUCUUUCUCUUCAUCCCUAAUGAUAUGAGGCUAUUUAAUUAUGAAUUGAUUUUGUACAAAAUGUUUCUUUUUUUUUCUAUAAAAUUUCAAAUUUAGGUUGAAACCUCUAUCAAAGGCACUUAUGAACUAUAGCAAAGAACUGUAUAUAGUGUAGAUUUCCUUUUCUUCUUUAUUUUUUCUUCUGUUUUAAAGCAACCUUUCUCUUUCCUUCCUCCUGACAAAUUAUCAUCGAGUGAUCAUUGAUUGAGGUUCCUGGCAUUACAAUGACAUUUUUUUCUUCCUCUGUCUGGUCUGACAUCAGUUUGAAAGACCCCAUGAACAAGAAGCUCUGGUCACUUAGAAUUCCCGUUGUGAAAAUCUGAAUUUGAUUGUAUGUUUUGUGUGGUUGUAGAGAGAGAAAGAAAGAAUGACUGAAAAGUGGAAUAAUUGUUGAGAUUUUGUCUGUAGAUGUAGUUUUUAGAUUCCUCCUCUUUUGUGCUCUUUAUAAAGCUGAAAGAAGCUUUUCAUUCAUCCAUUUCAUCAUUGAUUCACAUGUUCAUUCAUUAAAGACAUAAAAAGUUAAACUCUUUCAUUGAGUGUUUUUUUUUUCUGGAUGCAAAUCCAUCAAAAUAAAAAAGUGGAAAAAAA